CUCCGCCACUCUGCAACACUGUCAUAUUUUCGACCAUCCGAACCGCACAUCACGCGCAUCGAAUUUUCGUGUAAUUCAGCAUUUACUAAUUUCCCUGUGGCAUAUGUGUGUUUGUACGAAUAUAUGAAAUAGCAGCCGAAAAAGCAAAGUGCGAGAGCGAGGAAAUAUAUUGAAAACGCGUGCGUUCCCCCUCUAACGAAUAAGUGAGUGUGCCACCGUUGUAUUUGUGACCCCGUGUGCCUGUGUCGAAGCAACUGGAGGAUCCCAAGAUAUCAACAGAGGAGCAAGGAUAAGCAUACCGGCACAUCAUACAAUAAAGUAUUAUAAUCACGCAGAAAAUACAAUUUUAAGCAUUUUUAACAAAAAAAAAGGAAUAAAUCAUGACUGAAGUCGAGCAACCGCCACAAAAUGGCAUAGAUCCCACUGCCGGCGAGGAAGACGACAGCAGCAAAGCCCGUCCCGCGGAUAUUGAACAGGAUAUGCGCGAAAUGGAACGCCGCAAGCGUGUGGAGGCCAUCAUGGGCUCCAAACUCUUCCGCGAAGAACUGGAACGGAUUGUGGACUCGGCCCGUGAUGGCGGUUCCGGUGCCAGCGGCAUCCUCCAGCAGCUAUCGGACAUUGUCGGUGUACCGGUGACACGGGUGGGCAGUGUCUUCAAGAGCAGCAGCUGCAUGGUGCCCAUUAACGAUAUACGCGGCGUUGAGUCCAUGGGAUACGCCAAGGGGGAGAAGAUACUUCGGUGCAAGCUGGCCGCCACAUUCCGUCUGCUCGAUCUGUACGGCUGGACCCAAGGUCUGGGGGCACUCAUCAGCGCCCGGCUAAAGGUCGACCAGGAGUACUUCCUGGUGAAUCCCUACGGACUGCUUUAUCACGAGAUCACUGCCUCGGCGCUAAACAAGGUGGAUAUGCAGGGACAGAUUGUAGAGCAGGGCACCACCAACUUCGGCGUCAACAAGAGUCACUUUGUCCUCCACUCUGUGGUGCAUGCUGCCCGUCCCGACAUCCGGUGCGCCAUUUACAUCGGUGCCAGUCCUGUGGUGGCUAUCUCAUCGCUGAAAUCCGGUCUUCUGCCGCUGACCAAGGACGCCUGUGUGCUGGGCGAGGUCACCACCCACGCCUACACUGGCCUGUUCGACGAGGAGGAACGCAAUCGUCUGGUUCGCAGCCUCGGUCCCAACUCCAAGGUCAUGCUCCUGGCCAACCACGGUGCCCUGUGCUGUGGCGAGACCAUCGAGGAGGCCUUCUUUGCCGCCAGCCACAUUGUCCAGGCCUGCGAGACGCAGCUGAAGCUGUUGCCGGUGGGUGUGGACAACCUGGUGCUGAUUCCCGAGGAGUCGCGCAAGGCCAUAUACGAGCAGUCGCGCCGACCGCCAGAGGACCUGGAAAAGAAGUUCGCCGCCGUCACGGCCGGUGAGGAUGGUGCCGCCACCGAGAAGGAUGCCGGCGAAGCUGCAGUGCCCAAGAUCGGCAGCCCGCCCAAGUGGCGUGUUGGUGGAGCUGACUUUGAGGCUCUGAUGCGGAUGCUGGACAAUGCCGGCUACCGCACAGGCUACAUCUACCGGCAUCCGCUGAUCAAAUCCGACCCACCCAAGCCCAAAAACGACGUGGAACUGCCGCCUGCUGUUUCAUCGCUGGGCUACCUCCUGGAGGAAGAGGACCUCAUUCGUCAGGGCAUCUGGAAGAAGGGAGAUCUGCGCAAGGGAGGAGACCGCAGCCGAUGGCUCAACUCGCCGAAUGUUUACCAAAAGGUCGAGGUGCUGGAGACCGGUACUCCGGAUCCCAAGAAGAUAACAAAGUGGGUGGCUGAGGGUUCACCGACCCACUCAACGCCAGUGAGGAUAGAAGAUCCACUCCAGUUUGUGCCUGCCGGAACUAAUACGAGAGAGUUCAAGCGGGUCCAGCAACAAAUCAAGGACAAUCGCCGGGCGGAUAAGAUCUCCGCAGGACCACAGUCGCACAUCCUGGAGGGCGUCACAUGGGACGAGGCCAGCCGACUGAAGGACGCGACGGUCUCCCAGGCCGGGGAUCAUGUGGUGAUGAUGGGUGCUGCCUCCAAGGGAAUCAUUCAGCGAGGAUUCCAGCACAAUGCCACUGUCUACAAGGCUCCGUAUGCCAAAAAUCCAUUCGAUAAUGUUACGGACGAUGAACUCAAUGAGUAUAAGCGUACGGUGGAACGCAAAAAGAAAUCUAUCCAUGGUGAAUAUACCGACACAGACUUUUCAGAAUCGGAAGCUGUCCUGCAGGCGGGGGCAAAGAAAUACCCUCAAAGCGAACCAGAGACAGAGCACCAAGUCAUUGAGAUCCAAACACAACAAGCGCCAGUACCACGACAGGCAGAAGUCGUUCUGAGCGAUGCCACUCUUAGUUUUAUAAACGGCGAACGCUCUCACACAGCCACAAAUCGCAAGCCGCCAACCGGCCGAGGUGAAAACGUACAAAACGGUGACCAUUCGGAGGCCCACUUGAGCACCUUCUCCCAGAGCAGUAAAGAGUUCCAGGAUGUCUCCACGGACGGAUCACCCAAGAAAGACAAGAAGAAGAAGAAGGGCCUGCGCACACCUUCGUUUUUGAAAAAGAAGAAGGAGAAGAAGAAGACCGAGGCCUAAGCUGGAUAGUAGAUGACAGAAGAAGGAGGACACCCUUCCAUAAGGGGUAGCAGGCAGUUAUUCUGAUACCGAGGAUGGGCACCACACGACAAUGAUACCACGAUUAAAGCAAAUAUUAAAGCAGAGAAGAAUUAUUUAAGCGGACGAUGGGGAAGGAGUGAUUGUAUGAAAGCAUAUACAUAUGUAGAGAGGCAACAAAGCAACAAAUGAGCAGCUAGAAUCGAUUAGGAAGACGCAACUGAGAGGGGGAUAACCCCUGGAUUCGCAUUCACCCGAUAUACCUAUCUAUUAUAAUAUAAUUCUAAUUUUUAAUUUAUACAAUGGCCCCAACAAUUUGUAUAUGGAAAGCCGAGAGUUGUAUCUCUCAGAUUGACACGCAAUAUCCAACACAUCGCUCUGUUCUAUUCAAGAAUCAAAGCAAGCAAAAAAACUCUUCUAGAUGUAUUAGCCUUAAAAAAAAGAAAGCUACGUAAACACAUUACAUAGUAAAACAUACAAAAACAACAAGCAAACAAACAACAACAACAAACUGAUCAGACGUAAAGGAUAUACAUAUGUAUAUCCCCCAGAUAACUAUGUGCUACACUGACAAAAUAUUAAAAACAAACUCUUGUCUUUAGUGGACAUUAUUUCGUGGUACCUACAUGCGUAUGUACACGUAUUAAAUAAUACUUAAAUGCAAUAUUUUUUAUAAAUCCAAUAAAAUCGAUGACAAAAAAUAAAAACAAAACGAAAUUGAUAUUCUUUGCAUGUGUGUGUGUUUGUCAAAUUGCUUUUUAACGGUCUUGUUCCGGUUUUCAUUUUCAAAAAUGCAUUUUUCGAAAACAACUGGAACAGGGUUGUAUGUUUUGUGUUUUUAAUUGUUUUGUUUUUACAAAUUCCGACAAGAAACAGGCACACCUUGCACAUAAAAACGAUUUAAUAAAAUAUGUAUACUUGCAGAAAUUGUAUUAGUUUUUUUUAAAAAAUGAAUAAUUAUAUAUUUUUAUGUACGUAAAACUGUUUAUACAUACAUAUACAUAUAUAUAUAUAUAUAUUUAUAAAAACCCAAUAAAUUAUGAUACAAAUUCAAAUCCAAAACAACACAAACACGUAUAAGCAUAUUAUGCGAUUAAUGAGAGGAAAGCAGAAACACAUCCACAGAUAAGACGAUGGAAUAUAUAGUAUUUCGCAAUAUUUAAAUUUCAGCAUUUCUUUUGUAAGUAGAUGUGCUUGAUUUUUAAUCGCUAUAACAUUAAACAUAUUUGAAUGAACGAUAACGAACACUGCAAGAUACAAACAUAUAUGACUGCCAUAGCAUGUAAAAUUUUAAGGCACAACUUAAUCGCAUUUAAAUUUCAAAUUAACCUCAUUAAACUAAAAAUCCUUCAAAUCAUUAAAGCCACUUAAAUCAAAUGUUUCUGCUUUUCCCGCCACCCACAAUCCCACACCAACUUAUACAAAACUCUGUAAUACAUGCAUUGAUGAGCCUUAAAAAAAAUAUAAUAAAAAAUACGUCAAACAAUUACGAUAAUUAUAUAAAAAUUAAAAUUAAACUGAUUAUUUGCGCAACGACAGAAGCUUAUUUCUAACAACAUUUUUGCGUCAUCAAAGCAAAAAGUUUGUAUAAUUUUGUCCUUAGAUUAACCUUAGAAAUUUGUCAAUAUUCUCAUUCUCUGUGCAAAUAAUAAAAAACGAAAAUCUUUUGAAAAGCAAACGAAAAGCCGAAAAGUUGUUUCUUGAACUUCGUUUAGAUUGUAAGUCAAACGCAUAUAAAUAUAUAUAUAUUUAAAUUGGUAUUAUAAAAAUUAUACACGACACACGAAGGAAAAAACGCAGAAUUAAUAAACACUUGGAAAUUGUACAAAAUCA